GGGGCCCCGACGGUGGCCGUCCGCCCGCCGCUGCCCGUUUCGGGCGCGGCGCCUUGGGAACGAGAGCGGGGAGUGACCCGGCCCCAAACUCACCCUGCUCAGGUGGCCCACGGAGCUGCCCGCGACACCUCUGCGCAGCCCGACCCCCCUCGCUGCGUCCACUCCUUCCUGCAGAGGGCGCAUCCUGCCCUUUCCCGAGAGGACCCAGCUCCUUGACUGACUGGGAGCUCCAGGUGAAAGGGUCUGACAGUCGUUGGAGCGGCCGCAGCCACCAUGGGGCCCUGGGGAGAGCCCGAGCUCCUCGUGUGGCGCCCGGAGGCGGUGGCCUCGGAGCCCCCAGGGCCGGUGGGGCUGGAGGUGAAGAUGGGGGCCCUGGCGUUGCUGCUGGGGCUCACGCUGCUCUGCGGCCUGGUGCCCAUCUGCGUGCUGCGCCGGCCCGGGGCCGGCCCCGAAGCCUCAGCCUCCCGCCAAAAAGCCUUGAGCCUCGUCAGCUGCUUCGCAGGGGGUGUCUUUCUGGCCACCUGUCUCCUGGACCUCCUGCCCGACUACCUGGCCGCCAUAGAUGAGGCUCUGGCGGCCCUGCACGUGACGCUCCAGUUCCCCCUACAAGAGUUCAUCCUGGCAAUGGGCUUCUUCCUGGUCCUGGUGAUGGAGCAGAUCACACUAGCUUACAAAGAGCAGUCGGGGCCGCCGCCCCGAGAGGAGACGAGGGCCCUGCUGGGAGCGAGUGGCGGGCCGCAACACUGGCAUGACGGGCCAGGGCUCCCACCGGCGGAGGGAGCCCCUGCGGCCCCCUCGGCCCUGCGUGCCUGUGUCCUGGUCUUUUCCCUGGCCCUGCAUUCCGUGUUCGAGGGGCUGGCGGUGGGGCUGCAGCGAGACCGGGCUCGGGCCAUGGAGCUGUGCCUGGCCUUGCUGCUCCACAAGGGUGUCCUGGCUGUGAGCUUGUCCCUGCGGCUGCUGCAGAACCGUCUGCGAGCACGGGUGGUAGCCGGCUGUGGGAUCCUCUUUGCAUGCAUGACCCCUCUGGGCAUUGGGCUGGGUGCAGCUCUGGCAGAAUCGGCUGGACCACUGCACCAGCUGGCUCAGUCUGUACUGGAGGGCAUGGCGGCUGGCACCUUUCUCUAUAUCACCUUCCUGGAAAUUCUGCCCCAGGAGCUGGCCACUUCCGAACAGAGGAUCCUCAAGGUCAUUCUGCUCCUCGCAGGCUUUGCCCUGCUAACUGGCCUGCUCUUCAUCCAAGUCUAGGGGGCUCCAGGUGGUCUAGACCUUCCGUUCCUCUCCCAGAGUAUGAGAAUAAGGAGUGGGGAGGGGAGGUACUGAGGAUCAAGGGGUUCUCUGGGAGAUUGGGAUGGAGUCUUUGGGUCUAUUUGACCCAUGAGAGGGAUGUGGUAGACAAGAGCCUAGCCCUAAGGGACAGGAGACAGUUAAGUAAGGACAUGAUUGAGGGACAUUCAUAUUAGGGAAGACAGUGAAUGCUAGAAUCUGGAGUCAGACACUACAUACAGGGGACAAGCUGACACUGAGAAGGCUGGAGGCAGCUGCCCAGCUGCUGUGGGGUAGAGAUGUAGACCCAGCUGCUGUGGGCUAGAGGUGUAGGGAAGGCACGGCCCACAGUCAACAGUCCUGGUUCCAGCCAGUUUCAGCCCUCCGUCACUUGGGGUGGAGUGGACUCCUCCUUUUCUUAAAUCCUACUCUUCUCUCAGUCUCCCACUUCCCUUCUCCCAGGGGACUAGUGCCAAACGGCCUCUUCCUGCCAGUUUUGGUACCUUCUCUGGCUUCUCUAGUCCCGCUCACUUCUGUUUUUAAAGUGCCAAAUAAAUCCCUUCCCUCUUUCACAAAAAGCACAGUGAUGGCACUGAGCCGUGCCCAACACUUCAGCAGAGGGGCCCUGCUUGCUCUUUACUUGAGGGCAGAAAUGUUUGCUGAGUUAGUGCUGCGGGAGGGUUGGCAGAGCCACUGCCGCCACCUCCGCAGCACCGUGGGCAUAUUGAACAUGGAGAUGGUGCCCCAUGCUCAGAUGAUGAAAACUGAACUGCCAAAACUUUUUUUUAUACCAGAGGAGCCGAAGGGGGAAGGGGAACACUCACCCUCAGCGUUAUUUUUGGGGAGGGCGCCCUGUGGACAGAGCCAUAUUCUCUAGAAUCUAUUUUACUAACUGACCUGUUUUGGGACUUGCUACCCAAAUAAAAGAUGUUUCUAUACCUUUG